AAAACUGCAGCUUUCGAGGGUCGUUUGGAAAAGAAAAGGCCUUGGAGGGUGAAGACCGUCCCAGCCAGAGACUUAGCGGCAGGCAGCUGAGCCUCCAGCUUCCUCUAGGGGGCAGCGGCAGCAAAGCGAACUCCGGGGAUACUCAGAGGUGGCUUCGGAUGAUCACAGGAGGGGGAGUGGCACACAAGAGGAUCAUACGAUCGGGUCAUAACACAGAGGUUAGUAAUAAGGCCCCAGCAGGAAUCAACUGGUCUGGAUCAGCAUAAAAAUGGAUGGAUCUGCUUCUGAAACGCGCCCCCCUGUGGGGUGUAACAGAAAGAGCCCUGAGAGUGUCCUGAUGAAGAGAGCAGACUCCCCUGUACCCAGCUGUGUUUCCCUGAUGAGUGACAGGUCAAUGGAUCACCCAGUCACCUUCAGAGAGGAACCUUUUCCUACAGAUCAAAGUAUUCUGAUGAAGAGAGCAGACUCCCCUGUACCCAGCUGUGUUUCCCUGAUGAGUGACAGGUCAAUGGAUCACCCAGUCACAUUCAGAGAGGAACCUUUUCCUACAGAUCAAAGUGUCCUGAUGAAGAGAGCAGACUCCCCUGUACCCAGCUGUGUUUCCCUGAUGAGUGACAGGUCAAUGGAUCACCCAGUCACCUUCAGAGAGGAACCUUUUCCUACAGAUCAAAGUGUCCUGAUGGAGAGAGCAGACUCCCCUGUACCCAGCUGUGUUUCCCUGAAGAGUGACAGGUCAAUUCAUGAACCACCCAACUUCAGAGAGGGACCUUUUCCUACUGAUCAAAGAGGCCCCAGCAGGAAUCAACUGGUCUGGAUCAGCACAAAAAUGGACAAGGAGAGAGGAAAUAGAGGAGCUGCUUCUGAAAUGCGCCCCCCUGUGGGAUGUAAGAGAAAGAGCCCUGAGAGUGUCCCGAUGGAGAGAGCAGACUCCCCUGUACCCAGCUGUGUUUCCAUGAAGAGUGACGCAUCAAUGGAUGAACCAAUCAAAUUCAGAGAGGGACCUUGUCCUACAGAUCAAAGAGACCAAAUGGAAGAAUGCAGUUCAGAUCUACAUGAUAAAUCUGGUUUAUCAUCCAUAUUGAAGUCACUAGAGGAAAAAGUCAUGAAGUGUCUAAAGGAUGAGCUGAAGACGUUUGUGAGGCACCUAGAUCAGAAUUACCCAGAAUGCUCUGAGCCUCAGCUGGAGGAGGACAAUGACCUGGACUGUGAUGGUCAGAUGCAGAAGACCAGUGUUAGAGAGGUAGCUCUGAAGAUCACACUGUACAUCCUGAGGACCAUGAAGCAGAAUGAUCUUGCUGACAUGCUGGAGAAGAGACAGCUCAUGCUGCAAAAUCAGCAGGAAAUGAAAUGUAAACUUAAGAAGCAAUUUCAGUGUGUAUUUGAAGGGAAAGCUAAGGAAGGACAGCCAAUACUUCUCAGUGAGAUUUACACAGAACUCUACAUAACUGAAGGUGGGACUGGAGCAGUCAAUGAUGAGCAUGAAGUGAGACAGAUUGAAACAGCAUCCAAGAAAAGGCGAACAGAAGAUACUACAGUCAAGUGCAAUGAUAUAUUUAAACCCUUAUGUGGGUGUAAGACACCUAUCAGAACUGUACUCACUAAAGGGGUGGCAGGUAUCGGGAAAACAGUCUCUGUGCAGAAAUUCAUUCUCGACUGGGCAACAGGAAAAGCAAACCAGGAUGUUCACUUCAUAUUUGCUCUUCCUUUCCGGGACCUGAAUUUGAUUAAGGGUGAAUACAGUCUGAUUGAACUGCUUCACCACUUUGCCCCAGAACUGAAAUCAUUUGAAUCCACGGAGCUGUUUAGCUACAAAGUCUUGUUCAUCUUUGAUGGCCUGGAUGAGUGUCGCCUUCCUCUGGAUUUUCAGAACAAUGAGAGCUGGUUUGAUGUAACAAAGAAAACAUCACUGGAUGGACUGUUGACUAACCUCAUUAAGGGGAAUCUGCUCCCAUCCGCUCUCCUCUGGAUAACCUCCCGGCCAGCAGCAGCCAAUCAGAUACCUGCUAAGUGUGUCCAGCAGGUGACAGAGAUACGAGGGUUCAGUGAUGCCCAGAAGGAGGAGUAUUUCAGGAGGAGAUUUAAUGAUCAGAGCUUGGCCAGCAGGAUUAUCACACAUGUGAAAUCAUCAAGGAGCCUCUUCAUCAUGUGCCACAUACCUGUGUUCUGCUGGAUUUCAGCCACUGUGUUUGAGAGGUUUUUUAGUGAGACUGACAGGGCAGAAAUUCCAAGGACUCUGACUGAAAUGUACACACACUUCCUGAUCUUUCAGACAAGUUUAAAAAAUGAGAAGUAUAUGAAAAACCAUGAAACUAAGCUUAAGGAAUACAGCAAGGAAUUCCUUUUAAAACUUGGCAAACUGGCUUUUGACAACCUUAAGAAAGGCAAUCUCCUAUUUUAUGAGCAAGAUCUGAGAGAGAAUGGCAUCGAUGUCACUGAAACUUCAGUUUACUCUGGAGUGUGCACAGAAGUCUUUAAAGAGGAGUAUGGGUUGUACCAGGAGAAGGUGUACUGCUUUGUGCAUCUGAGCAUCCAGGAGUAUCUCGCUGCUUUAUACAUGUUUCUGUCAAACUCAUCAGCUGAUCUGCUGAAAACUGCAGUGGAUCAGGCAUUAAAGAGCAAGAAUGGACACUUGGACCUCUACCUCCGCUUCCUCCUGGGCCUCUCAACAGACUCCAGUAUGACUCUGUUACAAAGGCUACUGGGACAGACAAGAACCAGCUCACAUAACAUUAGGAUUACAGUGAAAUACAUCAGGGAGAAAAUACAGGAGAAUUUAUCUCCAGAAAGGACCAUCAACCUGUUCCACUGUCUGACUGAACUGGGUGACAAUUCUCUAGUAGAGGAAGUACAAAGAUACAUGAAUUCAGGAAACAUUUCAGCAGAUGACCUCUCACCUGCACAGUACUCAGCUCUGGCCUUUGUGAUGCUGAUGUCAGAUGAGGAGCUGGAUGUGUUUGACCUGAAGAAAUUCAUCAGACGAGAUAAAGAGCACUGCAGGCUGCUGCCUGUGGUCAAGAACUCCAGGACGGCACUGCUGAACAACUGUGAUCUAAUAGAUAAACAGUGUGAAGUGCUGUCUUCAGCUCUAAGAUCAAACUCUUCCACCCUGAGAGAGCUGGACCUGAGUGACAAUAACCUGAAGGAUUCAGGAGUGAAGCUGCUCUCUGCUGCACUGGGGGAUUUACACUGUAAACUGGAGAUACUGAGGUCAGUAUUACUGGGUAUUCUACACUGUAAACUGGAGAUAUUGAGGUCAGUAUUACUGGGUAUUCCACACUGUAAACUAGAGAUACUGAGGUCAGUAUUACUGGGUAUUCCACACUGUAAACUGGAGAUACUGAGGCCAGUAUUACUGGGUAUUCCACACUGUACGCUGGAGAUACUGAGGUCAGUAUUACUGGGUAUUCCACACUGUAAACUGGAGAUACUGAGGUCAGUAUUACUGGGUAUUCCACACUGUAAACUGGAGAUACUGAGGCUGUCAGGCUGUAGAGUCACAGAAGAAGGCUGUUCUUCCCUGGCUUCAGCUCUGAGGUUAAACCCCUCACACCUGAGAGAGCUGGAUCUGAGCUGCAAUCACCCAGGAGACUCAAAAGUGAAGCUGCUCUCUGCUGUACUGGAGGAUCCCAGCUGUAAACUGGAGAAGCUGCAGGUGAACCUGUGUGAACUCACAGAGAAAUGCUGUGAGGCACUGGCUUCAGCUCUCAGAUCAAACUCCUCACCCCUGAGAGAGCUGGACUUGAGUGACAAUGACCUGCAGGACUCAGGAGUGAAGCUGCUCUCUGCUGGACUGGGGGAUUUACACUGCAAACUGGAGAUACUGAGGCUGUCAGGAUGUAGAGUCACAGAAGAAGGCUGUUCUUCCCUGGCUUCAGCUCUGAGGUCAAACCCCUCACACCUGAGAGAGCUGGACCUGAGCUACAAUCACCCAGGAGACUCAGGAGUGAAGCUGCUCUCUGCUGUACUGGAGGAUCCCAGCUGUAAACUGGAGAAGCUGAAGCUGUCAGGCUGUAGAGUCACAGAAGAAGGCUGUUCUUCCCUGGCUUCAGCUCUGAGGUCAAACCCCUCACACCUGAGAGAACUGGAUCUGAGCUACAAUCACCCAGGAGACUCAGGAGUGAAGCUGCUCUCUGCUGUACUGGAGGAUCCCAGCUGUAAACUGGAGAAGCUGCAGGUGGGCCGGUGUGAAUUCACAGAGAAAUACUGUGAGGCACUGGCUUCAGCUCUCAGAUCAAACUCCUCACCCCUGAGGGAGCUGGACCUGAGUGACAAUGACCUGCAGGACUCAGGAGUGAAGCUGCUCUCUGCUGGACUGGGGGAUUCGCACUGUAAACUGGAGAUACUGAGGCUGUCAGGCUGUAGAGUCACAGAAGAAGGCUGUUCUUCCCUGGCUUCAGCUCUGAGGUCAAACCCCUCACAUCUGAGAGAGCUGGAUCUGAGCUACAAUCACCCAGGACACUCAGGAGUGAAGCUCCUCUCUGCUGUACUGGAGGAUCCCAGCUGUAAACUGGAGAAGCUGAAUGUGGAUCACGGUGGAGAGUGCAGGACCAGACCAGGCUUACAGAAAUACUCCUGCCAGCUGACGCUGGACCCCAACACAGCACACAGAAGCCUGUCUCUGUCAGGGGGGAACAGGAAGGUGACAGAGGGGGCAGAGCAGCCAUAUCCUGAUCAUCCAGAGAGAUUUGACAUCUGGUGUCCCCAAGUUCUGUGCAGAGAGAGUCUGACUGGCCGCUGUUACUGGGAGGCUGAGUGGGAUGGAAAUGGAGCCCGGAUAGGAGUAACUUAUAAAGGGAUCGGGAGGAAAGGAGGGAGUGACUGUCAGCUUGGAUUCAAUGACAAGUCAUGGUGUCUGUACUGUGAUACUGACAGUUACUCUGUCUGGCACAAUAAUAAACGGACUCUCAUACCCAUAGAGCCCUCAGACUCCCAAAGAGUAGGAGUGUAUCUGGACUGGGGGGCUGGUGCUCUGUCCUUCUACAGAGUCUCCCCUGAUGGACUGACCCCCCUGCACAGAUUCACCUCCACAUUCACUGAGUCCCUCUAUCCAGGGUUUUAUGUUUAUAUAAACUCCUCAGUGUCACUGUGACGUGUUGCUGGUUCUCCUGGCAAAAAGGUAAAAUCUCUGCUUUUUAACCUUUUAAUCCUUUUUACUCUGAAAUGUAUGUUUGACAAAAAUAAAUGCAUGUGUUCAGUGAGCUGGAUAACCAUGAAAAAUAUAUUUGUAUAGUUUUUCUCUCUGACUAAAAUGUAAUUAAAUGUAAUUCUGAUGAGUGGGGGGCUUUCCCCCUCCCCUGUACAUAUUUAUGUCCAUUUACUGUAUUUCCUCCCUGUACAAUGAGAAUAAAGGCUUUCUGUUCUGUCCUAUUAAUGUCCUGCUUCAGCGUCACCCAAAGCAUAACUGAGUA